UUUUCGGCACUGUAGUUUGCGAAAGGAGAAUGGUGAAAACGGGCGACGUGGUUUGAAACUGAUUGAUUUCAUGAUAAUUGAUAAAGCCAGCGAAUUAAUUUUAUGAGUGCCAGUGACAACAGUGUACAUAGAGAAAUCUCAUAAGAUAGACCUCUUUCGUGACAACUUUCCUUUCAACAAUUAACAGUCUUCUCUUCGGAUAACUAGCAUUGUGUUUUGUUUCUAGCGCGCACAGAACACAACUAUGUCGAUAUCAAAAGAGCAAGUGGAACAGCUAAUCGCUUCAGAUGCAGUGGUAAUAUUCUCUAAAACACAAUGUCCAUAUUGUAAAAUGGCCAAACAGGUAUUUGAUAACAUGCAGAAGAAAUAUACUGCCAUCGAGUUGGACGAAAGAGAGGAUGGGGAUGAAAUUCAAAGCAUAUUGGGUGUAAUGACGGGUGCUAGAACAGUUCCUAGAGUGUUUGUCAAAGGAGUAUGUUUGGGAGGUGGCACAGAUAUAAAGAAAUUAUAUGAGAGCGGAGAGCUGCAAAAGAAACUUUAAUUCUUUACUCCUACACGUAUUUUACAUUGUAAGAGUAAUUUGUAUGUCCAAGAUUUUUCUUUAAAUUAAUAAAGAUGGUUGUUUGUACAACAAG